GUGCUGGUCGUCGCCGGUUGAUCGAUCGAGGGAUGGCACGGCAGGGGCAGGGGGAGGGUGGACCUAAUCCUCAGGCGACGACGACGAUGAUCUACGCGAUGGUGGCGCGGGGGACGGUGGUGGUGGCGGAGCACACGGCGUACACGGGCAACUUCAGGGACAUCGCGGGGCAGUGCCUGCACAAGCUCCCUGCCGGCGACAGCCGCUUCGCCUACAACUGCGACGGGCACACCUUCACCUUCCUCCUCCACCAGGGCUAUGCCUACUGCGUGGUGGCGACGGAGUCGGCGGGGCGCGAGGUGCCCCUCGCCUUCCUGGAGAGGAUCAAGGAGGAUUUCAACAGGCGGUACGCCGGAGGCAAGGCCGCCACCGCCACCGCCAACAGCCUCACCAAAGAUUUCGGGCCGAGGCUCAAGGAGCAGAUGAAGUACUGCAUGGAUCAUCCAGAGGAGGUGAGCAGGCUGUCCAAGGUGCAGGCACAGGUCUCAGAGGUCAAGGGCAUCAUGAUGGAAAACAUUGACAAAGUGAUCGAUCGCGGGGAGCAGAUCGAUGGCCUGGUGACGAGGACCGAGCAGCUCCACGACCACGCCUUGGAUUUCAGGACCGAGGGCACGCGCAUCCGCCGCAGGAUGUGGUACCAAAACAUGAAGAUCAAGCUCAUCGUCGUCGGCAUCGUCGUCGCCCUCAUCCUCAUCAUCGUCCUCUCCAUCUGCCAUAAGAAAGACUGCAACUAGGAGCCCUACCCCAAAGUCUAUCCUGGCUUCAUCGUUUCAUUUGAACAACAGAGUUAGACAUCGGAAAAAAAAAGAUCACUGGCAUGUGGGCCCCGGACGUCAUGUCUCGUGUCGAGCGGAGAAUAAUCGGACAAAAUCGCGUGGAUUUUU